UUUGAAUCUGACGUCCUUCAAGGAAGAGAAGCGAAAUUUAUUUCGAUUGAAAAGGUUGCAGACCUUGGAAUUGAAAUCAAAGAAGAAAAUGGCGGCAUCUACGUUACAAGUAUCAAAGAAGGAGGAGCUCUCUCAGAAAAUGGUAACAUUGAGGUAGGUGAUCAGUUGCUUAAUGUAGAAGGAACGAGUUUGAUCGGCAUCUCUCGAGAACAAGCCCAAGAAGAACUGCGAGAAGCUAUGAACAGAAGAGCGGUAAGCAGUCAACACCUUUAAAACCGUUAAAUUUUAUCGAACCCUG